AUGGCUGGAGUGGGAAAGACAACACUAGCUCGCCUUGUGUCCAAUGAUGUUGCAGCUGAACAUUUCAAUCUAAAGGCUUGGGUCUGCGUUUCUGAUGACUUUGAUAUUGCCAGAACAACAAAAGCGAUUCUUGAAUCGGUCACUUCCCAACCCAGUGACCUGAAGGGGUUGAACCACGUUCAGCAUUCUUUGAUGGACGGAAUUAUUGAUAUUCCUGCAAACUUUAGAUUAAUUUGCGAGAAAUUUGUGAAAAGGUGCAAUGGCUUGCCUUUGGCAGCAAUUGAGCUCAAUGCGGACUACACACAAAGGGAUCAAAACGACAUUCUGCCUGUGUUAAAUUUGAGCUACAGGCCACCAUCUCCCUCAUCAUCUAAAGAGGUACUUUGCCUACUGUUCAGUCAUCAGUAUUCCCAAAGGAUUAAGAAUUUGAGAAGAAUCAAGUAUUCCUUUUAUGGAUGGCAGAGGGUUUAG